CACAUACAAACACUUUUGAGUUCUUUGGUGCUGCCUUUAUAAUUUUGGAGACUUACUGUAAUCACCUGGAAGCUGGCUAUUCAUUUUCAGUGGGAAAAGAAUGGUUCUUGAUACAGGAGGUAUCUUCUUCUGCUUGGGAAUUUUUUUGCUGUUUAAUACACCUGACACAACAGCCAGAACCAGAACACGUUCUGAUAUGUUCUGUACUUUUCAAAACAAGAGAUAUAGUCCAGGACAGAGCUGGCACCCUUAUCUAGAACCCCAUGGUUUCAUGUAUUGCCUGCAGUGUACCUGCUCUGAGAUGGGUGUUGUAAGUUGUUAUAAAAUCAGAUGUCCUGCCCUUCAUUGUUCAAAUCCAGUCAAAGACCAACAACAGUGCUGUGCUCGAUGUCCCGAGCCACAUACACCUUCUGGCCUCCGAGCCCCAAGGAAGCCUUGCAAUUAUAAUGGAACAGUUUACCAGCAUGGAGGAACGUUUACUGCAGAUGAACCAUUUCCUUCAAGGCAGCAGAAUCAGUGUGUUCAGUGCAGUUGUUUUGAAGGACAUGUUUAUUGUGGCUUGAAGACCUGUCCUGAACUGUCUUGCUCUUCACCUGUAGUAGUUCCUGACUCCUGCUGCGAAGUAUGCAAAGAUACUGAAAAAUCAUUGGAAGAGGAACAACUUCAGCCGAACAAAAGCAUUAAAAAUUCUCAGAAUCAGUGUCCUGUGGUUUCCUUAAGCAAAAGAUUGGUGCAGGCUUCCUCUUCAGCCCAGAGAGCCACACACAUUGGAUUACAUCCCAGGAACUUCAAACAGAAGCAAAAAGGAGGAGGUACCACUAUGAAAAUUGUCCUUAAAGAAAAACAUAUGAAAGCCUGUAUAUACAAUGGGAGAACAUAUUCUCAUGGAGAAUUCUGGCACCCUGUAGUUCGCUCAAUUGGAACACUGCCAUGUAUUCUGUGUACUUGCAAAGAUGGAAGUCAAGACUGCAAGAGGGUUGUAUGCCCUAGUGAAUAUCCAUGUAAUUUACCAGAGAAGGUGGAGGGCAAAUGCUGUAAGGUAUGCCAAGAAACUGAAGUGAAGCCCAUAGAAGAAAACAUCCAGGUAAAGUGCUUGAAUAGCCCAAGAAAUAUCCUGAUUUAUAUGUAUAAACCUCCAAUCAGUCGGCUCCUUAAAGAGAAUAUAAGGAUAAUGGCAGUUGAGAAAGAUGGUUCUGAAGAAGUGGAAAUGUACAUCUGGAAAAUGGUUAACGGAAUCUUUCGCUUAGCAGAUGUCAAGAUGCUUGGAAGACAACAGUUCCAACAACAAGAACAGAAUUUUCGACUCAUGUCAAGGACAGAUGAAGGUCUGUGGAAAUUUUUCAGAUCACCAGAAGAGAAAAUGGUGCUAACAGAGAGUGAAGAGAAUGAAGUCAAAGAACUGUGAAAACUUAGGUUUUUGCUUUCAACAAUAAAGAGAAAACUGAUGAACUAAGACUGUUUGCACUUGGACAGUGAUUACAUUCUUGACAAUGAAACUUGCAGGUGGCCUACACUUACUUUAAAUGUUUUGCUACUUUAGAUGCAUAUGAAAUAAAAUAAGAAAGUAGAAGCCAAAAAGAUUGUUAAGCGGCAGAAACAUAAUCAAGUGAAGAUAUGAGUACUAAAUAUGAAUGUGUUGUCUAUUUGUAUAAAUGCAUAGUUUACUGUGAAAUAACAUAUAACAAACAUUAUCAUAACUGAACUGCUCCCUUAGCAUAUAUAUUCUAGAGGGCUAAACAAACUCCAAAACUGUUAAGAGAUAAUUUAGAUAAUGGUAAAAGUGUUUUGUUCUGCCUUCCUAAUUAAGUGAUGCUUUGGCAUUUGUUUCAAAUACUUUUGUAAAUAUAAUGGUUUAUACAGUGUUAUUCUGUUUGGAAUUUAGGCUUGUACAUAUACAUUGUAUCAGACCUCUUCAGAAAGUAGAAAGUGCAGGCUGGGAAGCAUUAUGCUUAACAACAAUUAACAACAAUUAGAAAUCCAUAAGUAAUACUGCUAAAAAUAUUUCAAUGUUUAACUUAAUGUUUUUUGUCAUGUAUUGUGUUCCAAGGCGAAAAUGUGGAUAAAGACAUUUUGGGUAA